UGCUGUCAACCAACAGCGAGCGGGGUUCGGCGGGCUACUGGCUUUUGCUUUUAUCAAUCAACUAAACAAAAUAUAUUGAUACCGUAAUGUAAUGUUUGUUUAAGAAAUAUAAAUGCUUUUGGAAGAAUUACUGGUCGGUUGUUUGUAAUAAUUUGGUACCUCAAAAUGCUAGAACAAAGCAAUGCACCGAAGACGAGCAGAAAACGAUUUGUUUCAUGCGAAAUAUGUAAACAUCGUUCAUUCCGAGUAAUGGGUAAAAAAAGGGAUUUUAUGGGUCAGUUCCCUUUAAAUGAGGCUCGAUGCAAAGAAUGGGUAAGACGUGUUGGAAAUGAAGAUCUGGCAUAUGUCCCUAUUGAAAAGUUGCAUAUGUUAAAAUAUUUAUGUGGACAGCAUUUUACUCCUAGAGAUUUUAAUAGAAAGAAAAGUCGUCUCAGAAGGACUGCAAUACCAUCAUUAAAUUUAAAACAUCCUCCACUCUCUGAUGAAAUUAUGGCCUGUUUUCCUUUGCACAUGUAUCAUAGGAAUCAAUCUGACACUGACGACGCCAACAAUAAUGAAGAAAUUGGAAAGCCUAGUCAACCAGACCCUCCAUCCCCAUCGUUUGUAGAUAUGAAACCGAAAAAAGUAGAUCCAUCCCUUAUAAUACCUUAUAUAGUCUCUGAUGCUGAAUAUGAAAUGGAACCACAAAUCUUAUCAAACUUACCAACCUCACUUCCAUAUGAGGAUUUAAUAGAUGAACCACCUGAAGAAAAUAAUGAAGCUCCUUUGGUUGUGAGAUUAUCAAAUAAACGAAAGCCAAUUGCAGAAACGGAAAAAAAUUCAGAAAAUACUGCAGUUGUAACUCUAGACCCUUUAACAAACAACCCAACACUUUUAAUAAAACCCAAAACAGAAACCAAAAGUGUAUGUCCGAUACAAGAAAACAUUUGGACCAAUUGUUCCGCUCCUUAUAUACAAGAAUAUACAAAUUGGGUAGAUGAUUUUUACAACGUUGUACCUGUCGAACAGGAAGGCCAACGUAUGGGGCCUGGUUUAGAGGAUGUUACUCCACAUCCUGAAGUUAUUAUCGAUGAGAAGGGGCGUAUUUUAUUGAAAUAUUUUCCUACACCAUCGAAUAAUAAUGAUUUAACGGACUCAACAAAUAAUUUAAUGGAUUCAACAAAUAAUUUAAUGGACUCAACAUAUAAUUUAAUGGACUCAACAAAUAAUUUGACGGACUCAACAAAUAUAAUUGAGACUUCAAAUGUAGGAAAUUCAGACAACAAUAUCAAUAAAAAUCAGUAUCAACAAAAUAAAACAAAGAGUGAUCCAGAAAAUAUAGAUGAGGAGCAAGUUUUACCUGAAGAUCUUCCCAACAGUGUAAUACCGGAUGUUUUACUGAAAGAAUCUCGACAUAAGCGCGGUAUUACACUUAAAAUUCAAGACUAUAUAGUUCCAGUAACUAGAGGAGAAAAGAUUUUAUAUGAAUAUCUUCUCCAAGUUAGAACCCGACUAGCUAAAUUGAAAUACUUAGUUACAAAACUGUUAUUCAGUCUGAAAGUCGCUAAAAAUAUCGUUUCAAAUCCUGAACUUUUGGCAACCGUGGAACAUUUUCCGAGUACUCAAAAAUUACUUACUCUGAUACCACCAAUAGAUCAACGACCUCAUUAUAAAACGAGUGUAAAGCAUAAAAUUGAAGCUGUGUAUAUUUUAACAAAAGCGCCUUACGGAUACGAAUUUCUAUCUGAAAUGCUAACGUUACCAAGAAGUGAUGUAUUAGUAAAAUUAAUAAGACAAGCUAAUAAAAUUAUGUCUAUUGUUAACUCAAUGUAUGAAUCGAAUGAAAAACAAACAGUACCGCUGUAGAAAACAAACUAUUUGUAGCGUAUAUACAACUGGUCUGCAAAUUGCUUUUGGCAUUUGCCGGUGUAAUUUGGCAAUGAUUAACAACAUUGCCAAUAAAUUUGCCAAGAUCUGCAAAAAGCAUUGAAUUGGCAAUAGUUUGCAAAAUUGCAAACAGAGUUGAAAAUCAAGGAAAAGAACUGCAUAAAUCAGAAUUAGAUGUCGCAAUAAUUUACAACCAAGAGGGAAAAAGCUUUGCUAUAAAAUUACAACAAAAAAUGUGUAAACUAUAUGAAAUGCGAAAAAGAUUGUUAAAAUAUGAACUUUGGCAAU